UAUAUUUUGCAAAAAAUAUAAGAUGAACGAUAACGUUUUUAUUCCCAAAUUGCUUUGCCUCUCCUUCACAGUAAAACCUCAGCUACCACGAAACCUGCCUCUGCACUUUGGAGAAGACUCGAGAGAGCUAUAUAAAUGCAGUUGCAAUUUGGGAGAGAGGAUGGGUGCGUAGGUUAAGUACGGAUACGUCGUAUCAAGCGCAGGAUAGCUUCAAACUACUACUCUUUUCCUUUUCUGUGAUGCUUGGUGUACUGUGCGCUCGUCCCAAGCCUUGGAUCCUUACUUCCCUGUCCUCCUCCUUCGUCCACGGCUCGGCGGCUCACCAUCACAACACCGGGCUACGCCAGAGCCCGGGCUUCAAUGGCGACCUGAAGCCUCGGCGCCACCACUCCAGUGCUUGUCGGCUCGAUGGCUCCUUCGGUGGCGGUGCGGCCUCCAUAUGGCAUGCGAUCAUGCCGUGCGGAGCCGCCGGGCAUCCGAGCGAUCUCCUGCUCCGUCGUAAGGCGAUGCUCCGGCGUGAGCGGAGGGGGGAGGGGUCGUGGAACGUCGCCUGGGACGCACGCCCCGCCCGCUGGCUUCACCGGCCCGACUCGGCUUGGCUACUUUUCGGCGUCUGCGCCUGCCUUGCGCCGCUGGAUUUUUCGUUCGAUGACAGUCCCGAGGCUAUCGUUGUGGAAGCGAAAAUCGAAGCCUGCGAUUCCAUUGACUCGAACGCUAACAAAAACGAUGAAAUCGACGGUUUUGAUGUAAUUUAUUCGAACACCAGCAAGACUAAUGAGGGCUCUGCUGAUUACAGGGUCACAGGGGUGCUGGCGGAUGGUCGGUGUCUAUUUAGAGCAUUAGCACAUGGGGCUUGCUCGAGGAGUGGGGAAGAAGCUCCCGAUGAGAAUCGUCAGAGAGAACUUGCUGAUGAAUUAAGAGCUCAAGUUGUAGAUGAACUUUUAAAGAGGCGGAAGGAAACAGAAUGGUUCAUUGAAGGAGAUUUUGAUGCGUAUGUGGAGAGAAUUCAACAACCUUAUGUAUGGGGUGGAGAACCUGAAUUGCUGAUGGCUUCUCAUGUUUUGAAGACACCAAUAUCAGUCUUCAUGAAAAAUAGAAGCUCCAGUCGUUUGGUAAACAUAGCAAAGUAUGGUGAAGAGUAUCGAAAGGAGGAAGACAGCCCCAUCAAUGUGCUGUUUCAUGGGUAUGGUCACUACGAUCUAUUGGAGUCCUUCUCAGAAUAAAGAACUAAACAUCAAGAAGUUGAGUAAUGCUUUUUAGAAGUUUUUCGAAUAAAGUGAAAGCAAUCUCAAAAAGAGCUUACGUUCCCCAGGAGGAAGUCUUUCAGACGGUCAAGAUACCGCAUCAAAGUUAUAUAAUGCCCUGCAAUAAGCUAACUAUUGCAUUAGGGCUUGUUCAAUUUUGUAGGUACUACAUAUUUUUUUUUUCCUUGGGAAAUUCAAACCCCAUUAUACACAUCAAAUUGAUGAUGUUAAUCCUGGUGUUGAUGAUCCUUUUCUGUUCAUGAAAACUGGGUUUCUUUUGUUCUUCCUA